AUGCAGGUUGCCACCGACCGCGGCUUUGACAUUUCAGUCAACCUCCAUGUGGAUGAUGCCACCAAGGGUGGGCUGGGCGGGUGGCGUAAUACCCUCAACUUCAACCCCGUGGAGCCGUACAGUGGAGUCAGCAACGUCUAUAUCGGGGUUGGGCUGAACAACGCCAAGCUGUGCGGAUGCAUCCUGGUGCCCAUCAUCGACCAGCGGGAAUACCUGGCCAAGUUUCCGGCAGCCUUCGAGGAAUUUGAUCUUCCAGCCAUCCAGGCCUUGUUCAACAGCGCCGUGGAUUACAUCGGGCUGUCCGCCUACAUUCCACAAGCCUCCGUCCGCUUCGAGGCCUGUGCGCUCGAGGGACUCAUGACUCGCUUGGACCAGGAGUUUCAGUACUACGGCAAGGAGGUGCACUGGAUCGAAUUCGGAGUUGGUGGGGGGUCCUCUCCCACCGGCGACAAGAAGGCCACAACAGCCGAGGAGGCGGCAUACACGCCCUUCUUUGGCAUGAGCGGGCCCUACACGCGGGCCAAGGACCCCUUUGUGCUGUACGACCUCUCGCGCCCCUCCCCUUACCUAGCCCAGGGCGGCUGCGAUUACACAGUGGCCCACGUCUACAUUUGGAAUCUGGAAAGCUGGGAUGUGCAGGCGCUCUACCCGCUGAGCACCACCAGCGAGGGGAGCUACCGCGACCCGGUCAUCACGGACCUCAUUGAUAGCCACAACGGGCUUCAGUGA